GGGAUUUCAUGAACCGAUUUGAUUAUGUUCACCCCGAGCAAGCAUUGUACAUGAUUAAGGACCGAGUGCAAAAACCUCUCGAAUCCGUCGCAGAAUAUCGAAACCGGUUCUACAGAAUGUUCGUGAAAACUGAACGAGAAGGAGCCGCAGAGCGCAUCCCGCCGUCGCAGCAACAAUACUUGGAUCCCCGGACGGUUCGCGAUCUUGCCUUCUUCGGGCACCCCACAGCGGAACAGUUCGCUGCCAUUCGAGAAGAAGAGGAGGAAGAGGAGAGCACCAGCAGUGACGAAGACGAAGACGCGCGGGAGGAAGGCGGGGAUAGCGACGAAGAGCUCGGCGGAGAAGACGAAACCCCCGAAGAAGGAAGCUAUAGCGAGCAUAGCGAAGGGGAACAGAGCGAAGAAGAAGAAGAAGACGAGGAAGGAGAAGAGGAGCACGAAGAAGAACCUGCUGGAUCGGAUUGGGAAGCCGUGCCGGAAGAAGCACUGCAUACGCGAUGCAGUCGCCGUCUCCCCUGUCUCCAGGUGUCCGAAGUGGCCCGCCUCCGUGGCGGUAGCGUCGACGCCGGGACGGACUUCUUUGACGUUGGUGAUGAUCGGGACGGGAGGGAGGUGUGGAAGGAACACCGACGGGACCUUCGGGCGCGGCGAGAGGAAACCAUCACACGGGGGGUGGAGCGUCUUUGCGUGGGUGACCGGGAGAAGGAAACGGACGAUCCACCUGCGGAAGCAGACAACGAAGACAAGGACGACAAUGACGGAGAAGGCGGGGAAGGGGGGGGCGGUUACGUGUCGCUGUCCUUGCAGAGCGACAUGGUUCGUAAGGGCGGGAAGUCGAAGCCUUCCGACCGCAAUAGUCCUCCGCGGGCGAAGAAAAGCCAGGGAAAGGGGAGAGGUGGCGACGACGGCGGUGAUGCGGAGAAGAAGCGCAACUUCUGGUCCGUCGCCCUCAUAAGGGCUAAACGUGACCAAGAUGCGCAUAUGCAGGGGAUGGGGCACGCGUACGCCCGGAUGAAACCGCGGGGAUGGAAAUGGCAAGACGUCGCUCAAAGGUUGAAGAACGUGGGCGUGGACAGGGAUGCCGAGAAAUGCGGCAAGAAGUGGGACAAUCUGAUGCAGCAGUUCAAGAAAGUCCAUCAUUUUCAAUCGCCGUCCGGGGGGGCUGACUUCUUCCAGUUGAUGGCCAAGGAGAGGGCGAGCAGGGGCUUCAAUUUCAUUAUGGAUCGUGCUAUUUACGACGAGAUAGAGGGGUCGACCGGGAUGAACCAUACCAUCCACCCGAAGAACGUGGCAGACACUGGUGCUUCUGGCGGUGUUCGUCUGCCAUUGACGUCGGACGCGGUCCCUGAAUCCGUGGCAGAUGGGGACGGAGGUGCAGGGCGAGAAGACGACGACGAGGGGUCGACGCAAGGUUCUUCCCAGGCGACGGGUACCCCCACUGGUUUUGGGAAGAGGAAGAGCACGAGGCAACCGACUUUCGACGCGCUGACGGAAUGCAUGGAGAAGCACGGGACGCUAAUGGCGUCGACGAUGGAGAGUGCGAGCAAGCGGCAAUGCUCCAUCCAAGUCCGGCAGUGUGAGGCUUUGAAAGCUGAAGUGGAAGUGCAGAGGAAGCACUAUGCUGCGUCGGACGAAGUCAGCAAACUCAUAUGCCACGGGUUGUUGGAAAUAGCGAAGGCUAUCCGUGAGCGGUAGAGUUGCUAGGCUGUGUGCUGUGCAUUUGUGGCCUCCCGGGAUGUUGGCGACGAGUCAGUAGCAGGCUACCCCUUUUA